ACGGCGAAGGUCGCGCUGCUGGUCGGUGGCGCUUCCUGGGCGCCUGGCUGCUGGCCGCGGGGUCCCUGCUGGCUGCCUCCUCUGGUAGGACCUGGAGUGGGGCGGGGCCGGUGCAGGCGGCGGCCGAUGGCCCCAGGAGAUCGGCCUGGCCCGGCCCGCAGCCAAGCUUGCUGCGAGCUCGAGGGACGGAGCCCAGCCGGAGCUGCUGGGCGGCGGCAAGGGCGCACUGUCCUAGGAAGGGCCCCGGGGGCAAAGUCAGUGCCGGGUUUGGACGUUUGGAUUUUUGUCUUCCUGAAGUCUCCUCGGUGCCCCAGACAGAACUGAGCCUGGCUUACACAGGUUCUUGUGUUUUUUCUGUCUGUCCGUUACCUAAGUAUUCCCUAAAGGCUUUUGACAUUUUCCCCUGUUCAUUAAGUCAUAGUUGAAAGUAGCGACCUACAAUUCAUUGUUAACCAAGCCUAUGGAGAAACUACAUCCUACAAAAGGAUUGAUGCCUGUGUGCUUCCACCACCAUUUGAAGCUAUGGAUCCUGUAAAUCCUAAACCCUAUUAUCAAAUUGGGGAAACAGUAGAGUAUAGAUGUAAGAAAGGAUACAUUCUUAUGCCUAUUUUUCUCAUGGUUUCUACUUGUGAGAAGAAUCAUUCGUGGGUGCCUAUUACAGAUGAUGGAUGUUUAAAAAUGAAAUGUACAUAUCUAAACCCCCCUGUAAACGGCAGAAUAGAAUAUAUAAAUGGAACUCAUACCUGGGGUGAUCAAGCUCGCUUUACUUGUGUUCCGGGUUUUUACCUGGUUGGUACUGAAAGAAUAUAUUGUGAACUUAAAGGAAAUAAGGUGCUUUGGAGUGACAAAAUUCCCAAGUGUGAAAAGGUGUCAUGUGCACCACCUCCAAAAAUAAAAAAUGGAAAAUACACCUUCAGUGACGUACAAGUAUUUCAAUAUUUUGAAGCAGUAACCUAUAGCUGUGAUGAUGUCCCAGGACCAGAUAAACUGUCACUUGUUGGAAAUGAGGUGCUUUACUGUGCUGGCCAGGAAGUGUGGAGCAGCGCAGCUCCUGAGUGCAGAGUAGUCAAAUGUCCAUUUCCAGUGCUUAAAAAUGGAAGGCAGAUAGCAGGAUUUGGAAAAACAUUUCUGUACCAAGCCACGGUUGUGUUUGAGUGCAUCCCCGGUUAUUACCUCAAUGGCAGCGACAAGAUUGUCUGUGGGAGCGACAACGCUUGGGAACCCCCUAUCCCAGAAUGUCUCAAAGGUCCAAAGCCUACUCAUCCCACCAAGCCUCCAGUUCAUAAUUAUCCAGGAUAUCCCAACCCUAGUGAAGGAUUAUUUGACCAAGAAUUAAAUGCAUGGAUCAUCAUUCUGAUUAUUCUAAUUGCAGUUGUUGGGUUGGCUCUCCUCGUCCUUCUGAUGCAAAGAUUGUUUCAGGACCAGAAGAGCCAGCAGACCGAAACAACUGAUAAAAAGAAGGAUCCCCCCAGCGCCCUGCCCCCCUGGCUUCGGGACCUGAGGGCGAAGAUCCUGAGAAAGCCUGCGGAGAGGUAGUAAAGCUCGUGGUAGAAGCUGCUUCAGUGAUGUCUCUACCUCUCUUACGUCGCUGUUUGAAACUGUACUCCAGUACUACGGUGUCACCGUGGCAAGCUCUGGGCCAGAUUCCUGGAAACAAGCGCCCCGGGCUCCCGCGCUUGGGCCUGUGACUUCCCCAAGAACCCGGGACUGAGGCUCGGAUGAGUGCUUCCGCACCGGACCAGGACAGCGCUGUCAUCCCGUUUCCACCCAAUUCCAACUCCCAGCUCCACCUCAAAGGCUCCUGGGGAAAGCACUGUUCAGAUCCGUCCCAGAAGUGGAUCCCACGGCACCGUGCUUUGCAAAUGCUGGUGUCCACGUGAAGCACACUGUAACUGUUAAAAAGCGGGCGCAGACUCACUCGGUCUGGGGCAGGGGGUGGGGCAGCAUUGUACCUGCGUUUCUACUGCAUUUCCAGUAUUGCUAUGUCAUGAUCUCCAAAGGAAGCCAAAUCCCAAUAGGUGACACGAGACAGCAAAAGGGUUUUGCAGGUUCCGGUAUAGCUUGUGGAAUGGGGAGAUGGUCCCGGUAAGAAACCGUAUGCAACCCCAAGGUUGCUUAGAAAGAACAAAGGGAGAUCCUAUAGGACAGAGGUGACCUGAGAAUGUGACAGUGCAGCCCUGAAGAAGGAGGCAUGGUGCAGCCCCAAGAAUGAAGCUCUGGGGCCAGUCAGGUAGCUGAACGAUGAAAGCGCCUGCUUAGGCAGAUGCAGGGACCGGGUUCGAUCUCUGGCAUGCCGUG